GGAGGCGGGUAACGGUGGUUUGAAUCAUGCGUGUGGUGGUAGCGAAUGGCGACGAGGUGGGGGAGAUCGAAGAUCGGAUGCAGGCAGCGGCAGAGGACGUCCUCUCCUCCCUUCCUUCCAAGUCCUCCCUCGACAAGAAGAUGAUCCGCGGAAAGAUCGCACAAAUCUCUCAGUGCUUCAUGCAGAAGGUCAAACGCAACACUCGAUUGCAAGAUGAAGAAUGGAGCGACCAGGAGGAACGGGAAAAGAAGAUGGCUAAGAAAGAGGUCCUUGAGCCAGAAGAUUUGGUGUUGAAGGCGAGGGUUGAGAUGCUGAGGAACAAAAUCAAAGAAUCUGCGGAAAGAGUCAAGAAGUAUCGCACAAGCAUUCCGGGCAAGAUUUGUGAAGCCACCAAGGAACAGAUUCAGAAAUCAUCAAAGCUGCUUGAAGAGGCGAUAGAGGAGGAGGAACAGAGCAGCAAGGAAAGCGAAGUCGAGCAAGGAAACACAUCUGCCUUGAGCAAGAACAAGGACAUCUUUCUGGCUGAAACCACCAACAUUGCACUCAAGGUGGAGGCCUUGAGAAAGAAGAUCCCCGAUCAGAUCAGGGAAGGUCGUUCCACCGUCCGGGUGUGUCAGGAAUGGGCUAGGAAGCCGAUCAGCGAGGCUGAAGCUGUGCUGGCCGAAGAACUCAAGGAAACACAGAUGAACGCGGAGACGAGAAGCAGGCAAGCCAGUGCCAUCGCUCAGCUCACAGCGUCUACUCUCACCGUCAGCAGCCUCCCUCGCUGAUCUCUAUCGAAAACAUUGCUUGUAAAAUUAUCAUAAUCGCUUUAAAUGCCUUCUUGCUUGAAAAUUAAAA